AUGGCUUUUGGUAUUGGCGCAGGUACCUUGUGGUAUGGAUACAUGGGAUACAACAUUAUCUACGGUGGAUUUGCGGAUGACGAGCUACAACAAGAGACAUCCUUUACGGCGGAAAGGAUCUGGAACGCAAGUUUGCCCCUGUACGACGAGACACAGAAUCUUUCACAGGACGAUGUUCUUCUGCCCAAGAUGGUAGAUAGAUCGCCAGGUCACCAAGAGUGCAUCUCCAAGGCUUACGUGCAGAAGAGGAGGCUGGGAUUCGCGGGGGCAAGGCUCGAGAGCCCUUCUUUCGGUGCUUGUAUCAUUGUACACUUUGUGUCUUUUGAAACUUGGGAACGACUUGCAGAGUAUUAG